GCUUUGGGCAGGGGACCGGGGCAGCCUGCCUGCCUGCCUGCCGGUGUCCUGGGAGAAGCUCUGAAAGUGGGACCCUUUGGGGACAAUGAAGGGCUCCAGCACAGUCAUCUGUGGAUCUUUUUCAUAAGAGCCGCAGCAUCACGCUGGGAAUAAGGAGACCAGCUAAACUUGGUUCCCGGUUAGGAACAAAACUCCAAUUCAGGCCUUGCCCCAUUUCCUAGGAACGUGGUUCCCAUUGUGAGGCUCCUUCUCUUGUUUGGUCCUUCCUCAUCUGAUCAUUUCUCUGCUGAACCAACAACAGGCUGAGCACCCGUGUGUUGCUUCCUAAAUCAUGCCCGAGUUUACGAUCACCCUGGAGAAUGUCAUGAACUUGACCCUCGACUACAACAUCACUGACACCGAUGGGAACUACUCCUACGAUGAAAAUCUGUGUCCUCCUGUGGAAGGCAAUCCCAGGCAGCCCUUCCAGAGUGUCCUGGUGCCCUUUGUCCACCUGCUCAUCUUCCUGCUGGGAGGCCUGGGCAACCUUCUGGUGGUGGUCAUCCUGUGGCGCUACAGACGCUCCCGUACUUCCACAGAGCUCUUCCUUCUCCACUUUGCCCUGGCCAAUCUGCUACUGCUGCUCACCUUACCCUUCGGCGUGGUGGAGAGCCUGGCAGGCUGGGUCUUCGGCCUCUUCUUUUGCAAGCUGCUGAGUGCCGCCAACGAGAUGAGUUUCUACAGCAGCAGCCUACUGCUCAGCUGCAUCAGUGUGGACCGCUACCUGGCCGUGGUGUGCGCCCUGCAGACCUUCCAGAGGCAGCGUGGCCUCUCCAUCCACCUGACCUGCCUGGGCAUCUGGCUGCUCUCCUUUCUGCUGACCAUGCCCGACUUGCUGUUCACAGAGGUCUGGGUCAAAAGCAACCUGAGUAUCUGCCACUUCAGAGAGUAUGGCAUGCAUGGCUUCAACUCCUGGCUGGCCAAGCGCUUCCUCUACCACCUGGUGGGCUUCUUCCUGCCCUUGGGGGUCAUGUGCUAUUGCUACACAGCCAUCGUGAGACUCCUCUGCCAGUCCCAGCGGUUGCAGCGGCAAAAGGCCGUGAAGGUAGCCAUUGCGGUCACGAGUGUCUUCCUGCUCUGCUGGACCCCUUACAAUGUGGUCAUUUUCUGGCACACACUCACCAAGCUGGAGGUCACAGGGAAGUCCUGCACUGUUGACCAGGGGCUGAGCAGUGCCAUUUUUGUGAGUGAGACGUUUGCCUACAGCCACUGCUGCCUGAAUCCCUUCCUCUACGCCUUUGUGGGCAUCCGGUUCCGCCAUGACUUUUGUCGAAUUCUGCAUGAUGUGGGCUGUCUGAGUCAGGGGACCCUGCAGGAGGUUCUGGGCAGCUGCAGAAUUGAGAGCAGCAUGGAAACCAACAUCUCUAGUGCUCGGCACGGGGCCUCCUCCUACUCCGGAAAUGCCAUGUCUUCCUGUCUGCCAGAUCAGUUCACUUCUCACAAGGAUCCAAAUGGCCAAGAGUGUCAGGAGGAAUGCUCGGACCCAACUUGGGCCCAAAACAGGGCCUAAGCCCCACAUACGUUCUCUGAUCACUUAGAUGCUGUUUCCCAGGAAGCUACGAAUGGCUUGACUGCUACACCCAAUCUGCAAUUGUCCUGGUUUGGAGUGCGCCACUCACACACAGAUCAGGUUUACUCGAGAGCAGGGCUGUAUCCUCAUUGCCUCCCUACAGAGCAUGUUGCAUAUUUGGAUCCCAGGCAAUCCCCCUCCCCAGCAAAUGCAACUGGAAAUGGAGAGGGGAGAUCCAACUCCAGGGCCUGAUUUGGGCUUUCCAAUCUUCAGCAAAGUCCUUUUUAAGCAAUCAGGAGGAAAGUCCAGAGGAAUAUGGCAGCCGCUUUGGCCUGUUUAAAGCAGUGUCCAAGGGCAGGCCCUAGCACAGGCCCUUGCCGUUGGCAUCUGUUUACUUUCGUCUGCCCCAGGCAGGAUCUGUUCUGGGCAGGCUUUUCCAAUUAGCAGCUUGCCUAUCUCCAGUGUGUGCAGGCAAGGAUCUCCUCCAUUCCUCGUAAGAAGUCCAGCCUCCUAAGUCUCAUCAGACACCUAUGGCCUCUGUCUCAUCACCAGUGGGAGCCAAGCCUGCAACUGCUCUCUUUAGAAACCCCUUUCCUUUGCAACUGUGAUCUCCCUGAGUCUUCCUCCCAGAGUUGCAUCAUUAAGGGCCAGUUUUCACUGACCUCUAAAAUCCCCAGGCUUGUUUAACAAAAUUCCCAGUAAUUUUGUAUUUUUGCUGUAAAUAUUUCCUGUGGAGAAUGCGUGAAAUAGAUUGUAAACCUUCCUUGUGUUUUCCCUUGCUUGAAAUAAAGACAUUGCGAGCCUU